AGGACCAAGUGUCGCAAAGUUUACCGUCAAAGUGACGCCAAUUGUCGUGCAGCAGCCCCUGAUUUUCGCCUUGUGAAACCCGUUCGGUCUCUCCGUACGGCACCUCGGCUGAAGACGAAACAUGCCAGCUAAAGGUCCCCUGCAAUCGGUCCAGGUCUUUGGACGUAAAAAAACUGCCACUGCAGUUGCCCACUGCAAGAGGGGUAAUGGGCUCAUCAAGGUGAACGGCAGACCCCUGGAGAUGGUGGAGCCUGCCACUCUCCAGUACAAGCUUCUGGAGCCAGUGCUGCUUCUGGGCAAGGAGCGCUUCGCUGCUGUUGACAUCAGGGUCAGAGUGAAGGGUGGUGGACAUGUGGCACAGGUCUAUGCCAUCCGUCAGGCCAUCUCCAAGGCUCUGGUUGCCUACUAUCAGAAAUAUGUGGAUGAGGCCUCAAAGAAGGAGAUCAAGGACAUCCUGAUCCAGUACGACAGGACCCUGCUGGUUGCUGAUCCCCGUCGUUGUGAGUCCAAGAAGUUCGGUGGACCUGGAGCUCGUGCCCGCUACCAGAAGUCCUACCGUUAAUCGCCCUGUACAUUUUCAUAAUAAAGUGGACGCUCACAGAAAA